GCGUGGAAGUAAAUAAAGUAAGGUCAGUGUGAUAUUUUCACUUCAGCUUGAUAGUGUUGAAUAGUUUGUCAAUGCGUGUAAUAUAGGACUAUCAUGUUUGAUGGGAUUUUGUUUAGUCUUCUACUUGCCAUACUAUGUUGCUGGUUGGUGAUCAAAUUUGUGAGGUCAAGAUCACUACCUCCAGGGCCUUUUGCAUGGCCUGUUAUAGGAAAUAUACGACUGUUUCAGAAAGAUCCUCAAGGAUACAAGAAAUUCACAGCAUUAGCUGAGAAGUAUGGAAACAUCUACAGAUUGUACUGUGGUUCAACACUUAUUGUGAUGCUGAACGGGUUUGACGCGAUCCAUGAGGCGUUUACAAAGCAUGCAGAGAUAUUCACCGACAGACCACAGCUAUUUGCACCACUGAUAGGUGUUUCGAAAGGAACGGGUUUAACUUACAACAGCGGUCACCCUUGGAAAACGUUACGUCGAUUUACGUUACAGGCGUUACGUGACUUUGGGGUUGGAAAGUUGACGUUGGAGGAACGUAUACGAGAAGAAAUUUUAGUUCUAGCGUCGAUUUUAAAAGAUGCACGUAAUUCACCAAUAAGAAUGAAACCAUAUUUUCUAUCGGCAGCAACAAACAUUAUUUGCAGUGUGAUGUUUGGCGCAAGGUUCGACUACAGCGACACCAAGUUCUCAGAACUGACAGAAGUGUUAGAUGGAAUAUUCAAACUGAACGCUCCGUUCGCAAAAGAAAAUUUCUUUCCUAUAACUCGCACUUGGCCAUCUGGGAAGGAGCUAAUAAGAAAAAGAACAGCGGCCAUAGAACGCGUGAAGCGCUACUUGUCGGAAACGAUAGAAGACCACCAAGUAACGUUUGAUCCCGAGAAUAUUCGAGAUUUUAUUGACCUUUACAUAAAAGCAUCCAAAGACGAAUCAGACCCUGAACUUUUCACAGAGGCCAAUGUAUAUAAGAUAAUUGUUGACUUGUUUCUGGCUGGUGGAGAGACUACUGGUACGAGCCUAGACUGGGCACUGCUGUACAUGAUUGUAUAUCCGGAAAUACAGAACAAAUGCUUCAAUGAAAUUCAACAGGUUGUUGGAUCAGGACGACCAGUCUCUUUGUCUGACAGAAACAACAUGCCGUACACCCAGGCAACACUGCUUGAACUGCAGCGAAUCUCCAAUACAUUAACGUUCUCCUUGCCUCACGUAGCCAAACAAGACGCUACUUUGCUCGGCUACCAAAUACCAAAGGACUCGGUUGUCAUCGCCAACCUGUACUCAGCCCACAUAGACACCAAGUAUUGGCCAGAACCUGAGAAGUUCCGACCAGAGAGAUUCUUAGACAGCAAUGGAAAGGUGUUGAGAAAAGACGGACUUGUACCUUUUGGAGACGGACCUCGCCUCUGUAUUGGAGAGCCUCUGGCAAGGAUGGAAUUGUUCCUUAUUUUCACGAAUCUACUCCAGAAAUUCAGAUUCAUACAAGUGGACGGAGAACAAUACUCCAUGGAGGGAAUCCAAGCACUUACUUUAACUGCAUUACCAUACAAUCUUGUAGCUGUUGCUCGAUAGAGAAUCGCGGGAAAAUAUAUAAAAACAAUUUGCCAGAAUACUUCUGAAAUACAUACAUGUAACAAAACGUUGAAUAAUAUUGGCCCUUUUUGUACACUAAACAUGUCUAUGUCUUUCAUGCCAAAUAAAAAUGACUCGUAUCUCAUA